AUUUGAAGGACACCAUUCUUGCACAGAUCACCAUGGAUCGAGCUUUGAUCUGGCUCUCUCUUGUUGGCUUUUUCCUGGUCUCCGUUACCUCAGAACCCAAGGCAAAGCAACGAGAUGUGGACAUAUACAGCUUCCACAUAAACUCAACAGUAACCAGUCGCUAUGCUAUCACAGUCAUCACCAGUCGUGUGGCAAAUAGCCUCAGUAAAUCUCAGGAAGUUCAUUUCCAGGUGAAGAUACCCAAGAAUGCUUUCAUCAGCAAAUUCAGAAUGACCAUUGAGGGGAAGACAUAUGAUGGGAUUGUUAAACAGAAAGAGGAGGCUCAACAGCAGUACAGCCAGGCAGUGUCUCGAGGUCAAAGUGCUGGACUGGUCAGCUCUGUGGGCAGGACCCUAGAGGACUUUAAAACUUCAGUGACAGUGGCUGCACUCAGUAAGGUGACAUUUGAACUGACCUAUGAGGAACUGCUUAAGCGUCGUCUGGGCAAAUAUGAGUUACUCAUCAAUGCCCAACCAACACAGCCUGUGGCAGAUUUUAAGAUUGAUGUUUAUAUUCAUGAGAGUCCAGGCAUUUCCCUCCUGGAGGUAAAAGGAGGACUGAGUACUAAUGAGCUGACAGAUGCAGUCACAACCACACGUAGUGGCCCAGAGGCUUGGGUGAAAUUCUAUCCCACUCGUGAACAACAGAAAAAAUGUAAAGGUUGUGGAGAAAAUGGCUUAAAUGGUGACAUGAUCAUCUUAUAUGAUGUUGACCGAGAGAAAUCCAAAGGAGAACUAAGGGUAUCAAAAGGUCAUUUUGUCCAUUACUUUGCACCCACUGAUGUCCAACGGAUCCCCAAAAAUGUGGUUUUUGUCAUUGAUCGAAGUGGCUCCAUGCAUGGCCGGAAAAUGGAACAGACUCGUGUGGCAAUGCUAAGGAUCUUGGGAGAUCUCUCUGAAAAUGACCAUUUUGGCAUAAUUACUUUUGAUGGUAGAGUGAAAACCUGGAAACCAGAACUCCUCAAGGCCACACAAAGCAACGUGGAGGAUGCCAAGAAAUUUGUGAGACAGAUCACUGAUGGAGGAUCUACUGAUAUAAAUGCUGCUGUGCUGAAAGGGGUGGAGAUGAUCAACAGACACCCACAAGAGGACUCUGCCUCCAUCCUAAUCCUUCUUACAGAUGGAGAGCCCACCACAGGUGUGACCAACAUUGGUAAAAUACAGGACAAUGUGAAGAAAGCCAUUCAGGGGAAAUUCCCCUUGUACUGCCUGGGAUUUGGAUUUGAUGUAAGUUUUGAGUUUUUGAAGAAAAUGGCCAUGGAAAAUGACGGUGUGGCACGCAGGAUUUAUGAGGACUCAGAUGCUGAUCAGCAACUUCAGGGAUUCUAUGAGGAAGUGGCCACGCCACUACUGACAGAUAUACACAUAACCUAUACUGGGGCGGCAAAUGUGACACAAACCAAUUUCAGCCAGUAUUACAAUGGAUCGGAGAUUGUGGUGGCUGGACUGCUCACAGACAACAGUUUGGACCUCUUCACCAAUGAGAUCACUGCAACAUCAAUAAGCAAAAGGAUGGAAUAUCAUGACACCGUUGAUCCAACCAUUCUUAGUAACUUGACUGGGUUUGAAGAUUUCAUUGAACGACUUUGGGCCUACCUUACAGUAAAGCAGCUUUUGGAGAAGGAACUGAUGUUGAAAGGACAGGAGAAAGAAGCAGUGAGAAAAGAAGCUCUGGAUCUCUCUCUAAAAUAUAACUUUGUGACGCCAUUGACCUCUAUGGUGGUCACCAAGCCCCAAGAAGAGGACAUUCAGGUUGCCCACAAACCCAAGGAAAGAAAAGGAGAGACAAGAACAAAAACAAGUCGACGUCUCUCAGCAUCUUCAACGAGGUCCCAUAGUCCAGCCGCAACUGUACAGAUGAGGCAUAGGCCUGGCGCUGUGCUACCACAACGACCCACAACACGUUUGUCUAAAGCUCGUGGUCAUCAAAGGAGAAUCAAAGACAAAGAGUUACAGGGCUCUCUCCCACACUACAGUUGGACCCUCUCAAUCAGUGAACAUCAGGACUCUCUCCCAGACCACAACUCCAGAAUUUUUCAUCCAACACAUGCUCCACCAACAACCACUGUUCGAUAUGCAAGCCCUGUACGAUUCCUAAUUCAAGCACAGGAUCAGUCUGAACCUCUCUGCUAUGACAUUCCUGCAUCCCAGAGGCUCAGACUCCUACAGGACCCCAGCUCUGAUUUCUCUAUGAAUGGUGAGCUCAUUGAGUCUGGUGGCACUGGUUUCUCACAAAUCACCAUUUUUUACAAAACUGAUCUUCACAUGAGACUGAGUACCAGUGAGAUCAUUUUUUCUGAUGGGCAGAAUGCUGUGAAAUUCCUUUGGAAUCAGGAACCUACCAAUCAUGAGACAGACAGUGUGUCACUGAUCCUGAGGAACAAAGAAAUGGAUGUUUCCAUGGGAAACACUCGUGUUGUUAUUCUCCUUCAUGGACAAGAUGGGAAUAGUUUCCUAUGGCCUGCAGUUAGACAGCGCCCAAGUAAAACCACCUUACCAGGUCUUUUUGGAACACUUCCUGUUGCAUAUACAACAGUCACACAAUCACAUUCAACAAUACUGAAGAUUCAAGGUCAGGAAGUCCGAGUGUCCUGGAACAUGGCCACAGACUACAGUAUCCACUCGGCACCGAGAGUGGGCUGCUGGUUGGUGCCGUUUCAGGUUGCUAUGCAAGGGGAGCUAUCUGACUUCACUGUGCCCAGUCUAUAGGGGACCGUGGAAUAUUAAUCCAAAUCAUGAUACUGCUUUUUCAGCCCAUGCAUUCUGCAGUCUUGCUCUCCAAUCUUCUUCAAUCUGCAAUUUCAAUCUCCAAAGGAAAUAUGGUCAUCACAUUAAAAAAUGAACAAGUUUAUUUUCCAAAAUAAAAAGUUGUACAAGCUUGUG